GCAUGCAGCCAGGGGAUCAGCGCGACUCGCUGUCCCGCACACGCAUCCGGACACUCACUCGGGGAGAACCUAGAGGAGAACCCUCAGGAGAACCUAGGGGAGAACCCUCAGGAGAACCUAGGGGAGAACCCUCAGGAGAACCUAGAGGAGAACCUAGAGAAGGACGAGAGAGGACGGCAGCGGCGCAGCUUGUUUCACACGCGUGAGGCUGACGGUGCUCGAACCCACGCCUCACGUUCAUGGACCUGCUAUUCCGACCCGCAGACCGACGGAGCGGGACCGCCGAGAGACAGCAGGACGCGGAGAGGCACCAUGCGUAGGUUCAGCUCGGAGGGGUCCCUCCUGGACUUGGACUUUCUCCCAUGGAGGAGGGUGGAAUUGAAAGAGCCAGGCUACGAAAACCAGAGGGCGAGCGGUACGUACACCCCUCACCAGGAUGGAAACGGACCGGACGGGAGGCCUGCCACCCUCCCGCCCGCCAUCCUGGAAACAGGAGUGAGUAAAGCCGAGAAGGGGGAGCUGACCAAGGAGCACAGCGUCAGCGUGGAGAACCUGCCAGAGAAGCACUGCCUCGAGGUGAGGGUGAUCGGAGAAGGGUACAGGGCCUACAGCGACAGCCAGCUGGUCCCGGCGGCUCAGGGCAGCACCGAGAGCAUGGGAGGAUAUGACCAGCCUCCUCCUUCUCCCUCGUCCUCCUCCAAUCCUUUUUGCUUUACAUCCCACUCCCGGCACCAUGCUAGAGCCAAGCUCUCAUCAGCCAAGCUACAUCUGAAGAAUCUGUUUGGACAGAGUCCACAUUCCUCACACUCAAAUCUCUUCAACACUGAACAAAAAGACAGUGCUAAAGAGAGGAGGUCUCGUCUACUAUUUAUGCGCCAGUGGAGUCAGGUGGGCCACAGCAAGGGAAAGUUCAGCAAGGAAGAGCUGGGGAAAUGGGCCGAGUCGCUGGACAGCCUCCUGGCAAGUCGAAUGGGUGUGUCAGUGUUUGGAGCAUUCCUGCGCUCUGAGUUUAGUGAGGAAAACCUGCAGUUCUAUCUGGCCUGUGAACAGUACAGACACUCGUCCAACAACUUCAGCCUGCAGAGGAGGGCCAAGGACAUCUGCACUACCUACAUCCAGCAAGGUGCCCCACGAGAGGUGAACCUGGACAGCAAGACCAGACAGCUGACUGUACAGCUGCUGCAGGCGCCAUCGCACGCCUCCCUGUCCCACGCACAGAAACGCAUCUACUCCCUGCUAGACACUGACUGUUACCCCAGGUUUCUGCAGUCCGACAUCUACCUCGCCUUACUCAGAGACGCAGACUAGAGGGAGACAUUCUAACUUGGUGUCCACAUGGGACAAUCGGGGGGACAGUGGCCCAUGUCUUCCCCACAGUAUAUAGUGAUAAAGGGAAAUAAAGUCAGAUGUCUCCUGAUGAGGGGAUGUGGUCAGUGCUAUGUACAUACCAUUGUUAGGAGCAACUGAAGGGCACAUGGAUGCCCUGUUAAAAGAGCGAGCUUUAGAGAGCUGUGCAUUUGAUAGUUUGUUAGCAGGGUGUGCUAACGGCCUGACGUGGAGAAUCCAGCUGCAGGCUGACUGAGUAAAUGUGGAGGAGGCACUUCUUCCCCUUGGUUUAUGUGAACCGUAAAACUAUGCACAUCUCUUGUUUUAAUCAUUAAACAUCCUGGUCCGUGGCCUCCCUGAGUAGCUGCAGUCCCCACGGUCCAGUGAGCACAUUCUGCUUCCUGUGCUGACGGAGAGGAAAAGCAAGUCAGGCAGGAAUAAGUGCCGUCGUGAAAAGGGCAAAGUACUACAUGAGUUACUUAUACGUCAGAAACACACAUCCCAGAGGAAAGUCUGAUGGGAAGAAAUGACAGCGCAGGGAUCUCUUUUCAAUCAGUCUUUCCAGGGAAGUAUUCUAGUGUCCAUUUGAAACAGAUUAUUUUUCAUAAAAACAAACUGUACCUUGAGGCCUUAUUAGUAUGCAUGCCAGUGGUUAAUGUAAUGGGUGCAGUGUGCGCCCUCAUCAGAGAUGGCUCUUGUAAACCUAAACCACACCCUCAUUUAAUGUGGCACAUGUUCUGUGAUGUAACUCACGAGUGUGUACACCACUAGUCUUGGUCUAAACAUGUUGGGCAAGUCUGGUGACAAAUAAAAUCCACUUUUGUAUCU